CUCAGGGCUGGGGUUCGAUCAACACAAUCUUCAUGAACCAUACUAUCAUUACUGUACCACAGAACUAUAAAGAUACCCGAGUGUCCUCCGAAGUUGACCUUCUCUUACAGCGUUCAACAAUCAUCCUGAUUGACCUUCCAUUCCCCCGAAAUCAUCUCCUUUCAAUAUCCUCACCUUACUAUCAACAACUCACCCACAAUGAAGGUCUCCAUUCUCUCUGCCCUCACCGUCGGCCUCGCUGCCGGUACCCUCGCCGCUCCCACCAAGGUUGAGCGCGACCUCCCCACCGUCACCGGUGUCCUCUCCGGCAUUGGCACCAAGGUCGACGCCCUGGGCUCCGCCAUCCAAGCCUACAGCGGUGGCGACGUGGCCAGCGUUCAGCAAGCCUCCGACAACCUGGUGAGCGCAAUCAACAGCGGCAACAGCCAGGUUAGCGGCACCUCGGCCCUCAGCGCAACCGACGCCCUCGGCCUCCCCGGGCCCGUCGACACCCUUAAGAAGAAAAUUUCCACAGUUAUCAGUGACCUCGACAACAAGAAGACCUUGAUUGUUGAUGCCGGAAAAGGCGCCCAGACCUACAACGACUUGACCGAGCAGAAAGCCGCUGCGGAGAAGUUGUCCGACACGAUUGUCUCCAAGGUACCCGAGUCGUUGCAGAGCCUGGCCGGUACCGUUGCUGGUGGCAUCUCGGAUGCGAUCGAGGCUGGUGUGAAGAACUGGUCGGAUCAGGCUUCCAAGGGCGACGCUCAGCCUCAGGCCAGCCCUGCUGUUGAGACUGCUGCUGCCCCUUCGGCAGCCCUCGCUGCCGCGCCUAAGGCUGCUCCCACGGCUGCGCCUGCUGCCGCUCCCAAGCCUGCUUCCAACGCUGCCCCUGCUGCUGCCGGGGCUGCUCCCGCGGGACGCUGCGUGGCUCGGUAUUGAUUUACUACUUGGUCCAUGAAGGACGUGGGCACGGAGACCUAUUGGGAAGAAACAGGAGUUGUGCGAUAUCAUUGGUUUUGUUGUAAUGAAAUUCACUGUACGCGUCAGAGCCUUCCAACAAGGCUGAUAAUAAUCAGUCUUCUACGUACUUAGCAUAGUAGAAUCUCAAAGUAAGCGACUUAACAGAUUUUGGUGGUGGUGGUGGUGGCCCAGGAGCAACUUAGGCACUAAAGAAUGGCCAGGCCAUGGGGGCCAGACUCUACCUAGUACUUAGCGCCGUUCACAACUAUCUUAUCUCGUAUCUCCCCAC